UCCUGUGAAAGAAAAAAAAAAAACCUUGUGUGUCUUAUUAAACACACAGUUCAUGUGAGACUGAAUGGAGCUUUAAUGCACAUGUAUAUUUUCCAUAUUACUUCACGCACUGGAUGCUUAUUUUCUGAACAAUAUUCAAACAUCUGGAUUUUAUAUAGUCCGACUGCUGUUGGUAAAGUUUUCAUUUUCUCGCGAUGUCCCGUGUCUCGGACCCGUUACCGAAAGCACGCCAGGAAAAAAUGAAAGACAUUAAUGUAAAGAACAAAGAGAAAGAGCGGAAGGCACGGGAGAAAGAGACAAAGGAGCGGGAGUCGCGUUACAGCAAUGGUCACCUGUUUACUUCCCUCAGUGUUUCUGCCACCACGCUCUGCUCGGCAUGCAACAAGAGCAUCACUGCAAAAGAAGCCCUCAGCUGCCCCACUUGCAAUGUGACCAUUCACAACCGCUGCCGUGACACACUGGCCAACUGCGCCAAAAUGAAACAGAAGCAACAGAGGCUGGCUCUGGUCAGGAACGCCGCAACUUUACAUAAUGUGGCCCUCCGCAGCAAAAAUCCAAUACUGAAGGAGAGGCCGAGUUCAGCCAUUUACCCAUCAGAGACACUGAGACAGUCUUUCCUCGGUUCCCGCAAAGGGCGCUCCACUCUGUCGCUCAACAAGAGUGUCUCCACCAAUAACAUUGCAGGAAGUCUAAAUGAUGAUUCUCCUGUCGGACUGAGGCGGAUUCUGUCUCACUCCACAGACUCUCUGAACUUCAGGAACAGAGCCAUGUCCAUGGAAUCCCUUAAUGAUGAAGGAGAAAUGUAUUAUGCAUCAAUGCUGGAGGAGCUGGAGAAGGAUGGGAAGGAUUUUGAGGCAGAUUCCUGGAGUCUGGCUGUGGACUCUUCUUAUCUACAGUCUCACCGCAAAGAUGUCAUCAAGAGACAAGACGUCAUAUAUGAGCUGAUUCAGACAGAGCUGAAUCAUGUGCGAACGCUGCGGAUCAUGGAGGGGGUGUUUCGCAGAGGAAUGCUGGAAGAGGUGUUGAUGGAGAUGGGUGUAGUUCACGCCAUCUUUCCCUGCUUAGAUCAGCUGCUGUCUAUUCACUUCAAUUUCCUGAGCCAACUACUGCAGAGAAGAAACAAUAGCCUAGCACCCAGCAGCACCCGCAACUUCACCAUUCAAAAGCUGGGAGAUAUACUGGUGGAGCAGUUCUCAGGUCAGAAUGCAGAAGAGAUGAGGAAAUGCUACGUUGAAUUCUGCAGUCGACACCUGAAAGCUGUGAAACUCUAUAAAGAGUUGCUGGCCCGCGAUAAGAGGUUCCAGCAGUUCAUACGGCGGGUAAGCAGAGGUUCUUUACUGCGUCGCCAUGGUGUCCAAGAGUGCAUCUUACUCGUCACUCAGCGCAUCACUAAAUACCCUGUACUUAUCAAGCGCAUACUAGACAACACUAAAGGUAAUGAAGAAGAGAGUAAAUCAAUGGCUGACUCUCUGACGCUGAUCCGGGAGCUGCUGUGUUCCGUGGACCAGCAGGUUCAAGAGUUAGAGCGAGCACAGCGUUUGCAGGAGAUCCAGUCUCGUCUGGACCCACGAGCUGAGACGAAAGUUAAGGGUGGAGGAGUGUUUGGUGGAGGAGAGCUGCUGCGCCGUAGACUCAUUCAUGAGGGAGCACUGCUCUGGAAGACUGCUCAAGGCUCCAGACUCAAAGAUGUGCACGUUUUGUUGAUGACAGACAUCCUGGUGUUCAUGCAGGAAAAAGACCAGAAGUAUAUUUUUCCCUGUCUGGACAAACCGGCAGUACUGUGCCUUCAGAAUUUGAUUGUGAGAGAUAUAGCCAAUCAGGAGCGAGGAAUGUUCCUCAUCAGUCACUCCACACCUCCAGAGAUGUACGAGCUCCACGCUGCCUCCAAAGACAACAGAAACACUUGGAUGAAACUCGUUCAGCAGACAGUGAGCAACUGUCCAUCAAGAGUGGAUUUCCCUCUGAUUGAAACUGAGGACAAAGCUUUGCUACGACGACUCAGAGCUGAUAUCCAGCAGAAGGAUCGUGAAGUUUUGGAGCUGUUGCAGGAGCGUGUAACAUUGUUCUCUGAUUUGGCCGAGGCCACCGGAGGUCAGAAUGUUAACGUUCCCUCAAACUCCAGAAAUAUAUUCAGAGCAGAUACGCCCUACGCUCCCCAGGCGGAAAAGCUACUGAAUGACGCCAUUGUUGAGGUGGACAGACUGAGUGAAGUGCUGUUGGGUUCCUGCAUUGAGCGUUCACAGUCCUGCACAUUGAAUGGUGUAUCGACAGAGGUACAAUUCACCUCUAAAACAACAGAUAAAGGAACGAUAUCAGUUAACGGAACCCAUCAAAUAAACAGCCCAUCUAACAAGGACAGGAAUGGGAACCAGCUGCAGGACAAGAUGUUGAAUGAGGAGGUGUGCCAAAGACUUGUGAACCUCAGCACUCAGCUUCAUGCACUACAGGCUGCAGUGGUCAAGCAGGACUCAAUCCUGGAGGUGUACAUGCAGAAGGACUUGUGUCCCACUACAACAGUAGUGCUGGAGGCAGGUGGUCCUGAGGGUACUCAGGGAGAUCUGGCAGAGCUACAGCGCAAAUACAACCUGCUGAAAGGAGAAGUGAUCCGACUACAGGCCGCCCAGGACAAGACGGGCGACAGAGCACCAAUUCAGCUUGAAAAACAACUCCAAGAGCUGCGGCUUAAAGACACAGUGGACACAGUGGACACACGUGACACGUUGAUCUCACAGGAAACAGCAGUUCAGGUGGAUGGCAUGCAAGAGGACGGCAAGAUGGCGAUAUUUCCUCGAGCUGACAGUCCCAGAGAUCUGCAGGAUAUUCCAGAGGAGAGUGAGUGUGGGACUGAAGCUCACAGUUAACAUCAGCUCGACUGGAAGAUCCUACCGUAACCUCCUCCAGAACUCUAGAAACUCACCUCAGCAGUCAGCUAUGACUCAAGGCCUGUUCACACCACGCCAAAUACGGAAAAAUCAGGUGUGGUUUAUUUAAGUUGAAUGAACUGCUGUUAAUAUAUCCGACACUAACAUUUACAUGCUGGCAAUGUGACAGAUAUAUAUAUAUAUAUAUAUAUAUAUAUAUAAUUUUUAUUUUUUUAUGAAUAGGGAAUGCAAUUCUCUUUUCUAACUGCUCAUAAUGCUGCUGGUGCUCAUGAACAGACUAUUUUGCUAAACAACAGUGAAUAGCAGAGGAAGAAGUCCAAAUCUUUUCUCUGUCUCUGAAUUGUCUUGUAUUUGGUGUUGUUUGAUAAACACCAUAGCGAGGGCUAUUUGAAAAUAUGUAAAUACUGUUUUGAUUUCCUUUCUUCUCUGUAAAAAAAACGGGUGUCUCAAACGGCACAACACUUUGUGUACUGGAGUAACCAGGGUAAUUCUGCUUUUUCUAUAAGCGCCUCCUUCUCUCAGAGAGUGAUUUAGCCCUGCUGUUUUUUACGCAUUGGUUUGAACAGACACAAUGCUCAAAUUUGUGACCAAAUUUGUGUUGGUGUGAACAGGCCUUUACUCUGUAGAAUAAUGUUAUUGCAUUUUAUAUUAAACAUAGUAUAGAACAAUUAUGUCUUUUUUUUAAUCAAGAUUUUCAAUGUUUUUGCAAACAUUGUCUACAUUUUACAGUUGUUAUUUAAAUGGGUAAUGGUGUAUUUUUUUUAAUGAAAGGACUAAAUACUGGGUUGGAACUGAAGGAAACAUUAGAAGAUAUUCUGUGCUUGUGCUGACUUCCAGUUUUAAUAUAUUGAUUGUCAAUUUUAGCUGUUAUAUUAUUGGAAGGAUGUGUCAUUGGACAUGAUUUUCCUCUGCUUAAAAUAAGUGAUAUUACGUUAAAGAUGAAAUGUAGCACAUUGAAUGCCCUGCUCAUUUGGCAGCAGCUUAAAAAAGACUUUGAAUGCAGUUAUAACUACAGUUUGCCUCCUAUAAAUGAUAAUAAAUGUUAUGAACAGUGGAGGUUUUCUCUUGUACUGAAAAAAAGAAGAAGUUAUUAAUAUUGAUAUUGAUAAUGGAAUGAAGUGGAAAAAGAUUGUAAAUUCUUUUCUGGCCACUUGAAAUCACACUAAAGCUUUGUUUAAUGUCACACGGUUGAUAUUGUCUAUGUAUAAAUGUAUUGAAUGUUCGAGGAAGAACAGCGCCCUUUAAACAUAGCUGUUAAAUCAUUGUUUAUAUAUUACAUUUUUUAUUCAUUUCAUUGUACGGUGUGUUUAAAUAUAUGGCUGUAAUCAUGUAUUUUGUCAUCUAUAUAAAUGCAUUGACAACU